AAAAGACGGCAUUAUCUCAGGAGCCUGUUGUGUUCAAAGAGAUUAUCAGCACUAUCUCCUCAAUGGAAAAAGUUGUUCUACGCCACCGGGUGGAAACUCCAAUACGGUAUCAGGAGCAUUUUCCUGAUCAAGAUUUGGAAGCCUGCAAAUUAAACCACUCCUUGUUUGCAUUGCCAAGUCCAGCAUGGCCAGUGCAGAUAAGGAACAUUGGUGCAUCCAAGAGAGCGGCUGAAACAGAGCAGGGAAGCACAGAUGAAGCAACCCCCAGAUUUCAAGCCUUACUAGAUGUAGUGCAGUUUCGUCCUGAAGAUGUCAUAAUACAAGUCUUUGAAGGAUGGCUCCUAAUCAAAGCUCAGCAUGGACCCAGGAUGGAUGAACAGGGCUUUGUAGCAAGAAGUUUCACUCGGCAAUAUAAACUGCCAGAUGGCGUUGAAAUGAAAGAUCUGAGUGCUCUCUUCUGUCACGAUGGCAUUUUGGUUAUUGAAACUAAGACAUUUGGCGGUAAAUAAAUUCUUGACUGUUUUGUUACGGGUGAGACAAUCAUAUUCCUCCUUCUGAUGUUGAGCAUGCGUAUUUGGAGUUAAAGCAAGCUUUUACAUAUUUUUAUUCAGUUUGUUCAGGGGGGGACCAUUUUAGGAGCUUGUUUGUGUGACGUGAGAGACAAUAUUUUUCUCCUUACAGCUGCAUGUAUACAGUCAGACAUGCUUAAUAAUUUUGACAAAAUAGAAAAAGUUUAAAAGGAAACAAGGCAGAUGUAA